GUUAAUCCCUCCCCGUUAUGACAGACUUGGUUGAGUCCACAGUUCCAGCAACACCAAGAUGGCGUCCUGUAUGUUGAAGCGCUGAAGUUCACUAUUAACUUCCAACGCAGUGGUUCGUCAUUCUCGUCUCUUCUGGUUGACGACAGACACCGGUAUUUCUCUGAGAUGUCCGGCCUUGUUGCCCUGCUGGGGUUGAUUCCCAGAGCACAGUCCAACAACACUAAUGCCCUCACAGUUGAGAGGGUGCACCACCACCUAGGGAGGGACACGUCCACAUGUAGAGACACCCCCACAACCGUGUAGAGAACGCAUCCUGAAGCAGACUGAGACAGACACUGGUCACAUGUGUUGGCCUCCUCCCUUUCCUCGGUAUUGACCUCGAUUGCUCAGUUGUCCCCGUUACCUUUUGAAGGUUUUGUGCUGCACCACUACAGUGUUUGGCAGGUAAUGGACGAUGCUGGCCAUGGUAACCUAAUGUAAAUGGCUAUUCUUCAAAGCUCAGUGCCAGUGUCCACUGCUCGAUCUUCCUCUUCUGCCCCCCCCUCCCCCCACCGCUCUCUCUGCGGUUCACUGCUGCCCCUUGCUGUCCAGUCCUGUUUUUCCCCUGCAUCAUCAUGGUUGAUGCAGUUUUGGGCGUUUGGAAGUUAUUGCGAGGAGUUCGCCAGCUGGAGCUUCACCGCCUCAUCUUGGCACUGAUCAUCUUCUGCUUGCUGUCUAUGGCCUUCCUAGCUUAUUAUGUCUCCAACAAUCCCAAAAUCAAAGAAGCCCCCCCUUUACCUUUUAGUGAUUGCGGAGGAGGGGGGAUAUCAUCAGGAGCAAGCACUGGGGUCUCCGCUGUCCAGAGGGCACCACUUUUUCUCCCACCACGCCAAGGCCGGCUACGGCAGGCAAAAGCUGUGGAUAACUCCAGGACAGACCCAGUAGUUCUAGUGUUUGUAGAGAGCAUCUACUCUCAGCUGGGCCAGGAGAUCGUAGCUAUAUUAGAGUCCAGCCGCUUCCACUAUCGAACAGAAAUAGCUCCUGGUAAAGGUGACAUGCCCACCCUGAUGGAGCGCAACCGGGGACGGUACACACUGAUCAUCUAUGAAAAUGUUUUAAAGUAUGUAAAUCUUGACUCGUGGAACCGUGACUUGCUGGAUAAAUACUGUACUGAGUAUGGAGUAGGAGUCAUUGGCUUCUUCAAAGCCAAUGAAAACUCUCUUUUCAGUGCACAGCUCAAAGGUUUCCCGCUCUUUCUACACUCACACCUAGGCCUCAGGGACUACCGCAUUAAUCCAAAUGCCCCUCUCCUCUACAUCACCAAGCCCAACCAGGUGGAACAGGGCCCUUUACCUGGGGAUGACUGGACUAUUUUCCAGUCCAACCAUUCUACCUAUGAACCAGUGCUUCUAGCCAGUACCAAGUCCUCCGAGGCACUGUCCCAUUUUGGACCUAGCCCCCUGCGGGCCCUACAUGCCACAGCAGUUCAGGAUUUGGGGCUUCAUGAUGGCAUUCAGAGAGUACUCUUUGGGAACAAUCUCAACUACUGGCUUCACAAGCUUGUGUUUGUAGAUGCCAUUGGCUACCUGACAGGAAAGAGACUGUGUUUGUCCUUGGACCGCCAUAUCCUGGUGGACGUUGAUGAUAUAUUUGUGGGCAAGGAGGGUACCCGUAUGAAGGUGUCUGAUGUGGAGGCUUUGCUUAAGACUCAAAACAAGCUAAGAGGGUUGGUUCCUAAUUUUACCUUCAACCUGGGGUUUUCUGGAAAGUUCUUCCACACAGGCACAGAUGAAGAGGAUCAAGGAGAUGAUAUGCUGCUGCAACACAGGAUGGACUUCUGGUGGUUUCCUCACAUGUGGAGUCACAUGCAACCUCAUCUCUUUCACAAUGUUAGUGUGUUGGCUGAACAGAUGCGGCUCAACAAGAUCUUUGCUCAGGAGCAUGGCAUCCCAACGGACAUGGGUUACGCAGUGGCACCACACCACUCGGGUGUCUACCCAGUUCACAGCCAGCUUUACGAAGCCUGGAAAUCAGUGUGGGGCAUCAAAGUGACCAGCACAGAGGAGUACCCCCAUCUGAGGCCUGCUAGAUACCGGCGUGGCUUCAUCCACAAUGGAAUCCAGGUGCUGCCCAGACAGACAUGUGGUCUCUUUACCCAUACGAUCUUCUAUAAUGAAUACCCAGGAGGCUCGAAGGAGCUGGACAAGAGCAUCAGAGGAGGGGAGCUAUUUCUCACUGUACUCCUAAACCCAAUCAGCAUCUUCAUGACCCACCUGUCUAACUAUGGCAAUGACCGACUCGGCCUGUACACCUUCGAGUCUUUAGUAAAGUUUGUCCAGUGCUGGACCAACCUCAGGCUGCACACAUUGCCCCCAGUCCAGCUUGCUGAGAGAUACUUCCACAUUUUCCCAGAGGAGAGAGACCCACUGUGGCAGAAUCCUUGUCAUGACAAACGACAUAAAGAUAUCUGGUCUAAAGAAAAGACAUGCGAUCGACUUCCCCGGUUCCUGGUCAUUGGACCACAAAAAACAGGCACUACAGCUCUGCAUUCAUUCCUGAGCCUUCACCCAGCGAUCUCCAGCUCUUUCCCCAGUUCCAUCACCUUUGAGGAGAUCCAGUUCUUCAGUGGGUCCAACUAUGACAGCGGGAUUGACUGGUACAUGGACUUCUUCCCAUUCCCUUCCAAUGUCAGUACAGAUUUUAUGUUUGAAAAGAGUGCCAACUACUUUGACACAGAGGUAGCUCCGAAGAGAGCUGCUGCUCUGCUGCCUAGAGCCAAAAUCCUGGCAGUGCUCAUCAACCCCUCUGACAGGGCCUACUCUUGGUACCAGCACCAGAGAGCACACCAGGACCCUGCAGCCCUCAACCACAGCUUCCAUGAUGUGGUGACCGCAGGCCCCUCAGCCCCCAGAGCUCUGCUGGCCCUUCAGAGACGCUGCCUUAACCCUGGUGUCUAUGCUACUCACUUGCAACGCUGGCUGCAGUACUACCAGCCUAGCCAGCUGAACAUCAUAGAUGGAGCCCUGCUACGCUCUAACCCAGCAGUGGUGAUGGAAGGGAUCCAGAGGUUCCUCAGUGUCACGCCCAUCUUCAACUACACCCAGGCGCUGAUCUAUGAUGACAGCAAAGGUUUCUGGUGUCAGCGAGUUGAAGGAAGUCGAGCCAAAUGUCUGGGAAAGAGUAAAGGCAGGAGGUACCCAGAGAUGAGCCCUGAGUCGCGUGCCUUCCUGGCUGAGUACUAUCAUGAGCACAACAUGGAGCUGCUGCGUCUGCUGAAUCGCCUGGGCCAACCCCUGCCAUCCUGGCUCCGCCAAGAACUUCAGAACACCAGCUGGAGCUGAGGCCGAAAGCUCAGCGAUGGACAAACCACAGAAAAACCAGAAUGGUAGUUUGGGGAUGAGCCAGCACUUGGUUUAGGAUUAGACUGGACUAACUAAGAUGGGAUUCGCAGCUGCACGCACUCAAAAAGCUGCAAGGUCUGUUACUGGUUCUCUUGAUCCACAGUUAAAAGAAGACCACACAAGAUCUUUCUCAAAGUCUUGGCCCCUGUUGGAGGAAGAUCCAUAUGGAAUCUCCUAACUCCUAAUUUAAUCCUAACCUCCCACCUUCAGUCUGUGUGUCUUGGACAGGGAGAAAUGAUCCAGAGUAGGCCGCCUUAACAUGAGAGAAACUCCCAGGAUAAGACUGUGCCUGCAUACAGGAGUACAAACACGCACACACAUUCUUUAUUUUAAAAGCAGUGUCGUUUUUACAGUUGGUGGAAGGCAGCUUACUAUUCCACAUAUCCACACUUCUAGUUCAUAAACGCUUGAGGCGUUGUGGGUCUAAGUAACUAUGAUCACAGGUCAAUGUAAAUAUCGUGUUUAGGUUUUGUACACGAGUAAAGUUUCUGUGAAGCCUGUGCCUCUAACAUGUCAGCAAACCGCUCAUUCAGCUUUGGUUAAGUGAAGACAGUUUUUGAAUGAUGGCAGUUACUGGGCAGCUGACAUCUCCAGCUCGUUGUCAUAGUCCUGUUCAUGCAUGUGUCUAACCCUGUGCUUUUAGCUUUAAUCACAACCAGAAGGUGCAGUUUCAGCUAUGGGCGAAAGACAGGACGACUCUGCUUAGAGGCUUCUUCUGCAGCAGCUGCUAGAGCUCAUGGGAGAGAAUGAAUGUGUCUGCAGUGAGACUUGUGCCUCUACAGGGGUUUGUGGGGUCGGCUUUAAUGUCAUCCUGUAUGGCAAAAAAAACAAGCUUCAGACUUGUCAUUUAAAAGAUUCAAACUAAGUAAGAACUUCAUGUCAGCGUUUGGUUUAGAUCAGUUGUUUAUGUCAUCAUUCACAAAAUGUUUUUACUAAGAGUAACAAAUGGUUAAAGGCUGUUUCACACUGAUCUUGACAUAAUGUGAUCAUGAGGCACUGAGUUUAGUCACCAGUUCAAAUCUACUACGUGUCCAGUACCUGGUAAAAAGAAAACACCACAUGCAGCUAAAUGCACAGGACCCACGUGUAGCUGCACUUGACUCAAUCCAAGGACAGAAAUGCGGGAGCCAGUCUGGAGACGGAUCAGAAGCUGCUGUCUUGUUUCUGUCUUUGUAUAAAUGUCAUAAAAGCAGACACUGUAUCAUCUCUAAUAAACACAUAGAGGUUGGAAACUG